UGGGCCGAAAAGCCCAAUCAUUCGUUGCGAUUGUUUGGAGCUGAAGCGGGCAAUUUAUGGAAUUUUCCUCGUCUUCUUUCCACGAAACGAAGAGAAUUGGGAAGAAAGGCGAUGAGCAACAUGAUGAUGAUGAUUGGUAGGUCUCGAUUGGAUGCAAUCGUCUCUAUAUUCGUUUCAGUGCAUCCUCACGAGACCUCUUGUUUGCUCCACUCCUCCUUAUGCUUCUUCUUCAUUUUGAGCUCGUAUUUUGUGGUUCUUCCAUUGCGAGAUGAGGGUGCGAUCUCUUUGGGAUUAUCGAACCUGCCGGGUCUGUUUAUGGGGUCUUUGGCUCUCACUUUGAUUGCAGCUCCCAUUUCAACUCUCAUUUUCUCGUUGCCAAAUCUUUCUAAAGGCAAGGCUUUAGUUUUGAUACACAGGUUUUUCAGUGUAUCACUUGUUGUAUUUUUCAUUCUAUGGUAUACCUCCUCAUCAGCUGGGUAUUCACCAUCAGCCUUGAAGGGGUCGGUUACUGUAUCCUCCACUUCAGAAGGGAAUCUGAGGGUCGAUGAUAACCAAGCCAAUCCAGCGCAUUCAAUAGGUUGGGAGAACCAUGGAUGGUUCUAUAUCUCUGUGAGAAUCGGAUUUUUUCUUUGGGUUGCUCUACUUAAUCUAAUCACAAUUUCCUCAACAUGGGCUAGAAUAAUUGAUGUGAUGGAUACUGAGUCAGGUUCAAGAUUAUUUGGGUUCAUUGGUGCUGGGGCAACGCUUGGCCAGCUUUUUGGGUCGUUAUUUGCUACAGGAAUGGCUUGGAUGGGGCCUUUCCUAUUGCUCGUUGCUGCUUUAUUAAUGGAAUUUGCUGCUCAGUUAUCGAAAGGUAUAAACCAGGAUGUACCCCGCGUCCCUGAAGAAUUGUCUCCCCUCAGAAAAGAUGAUUCUGACCAACAAAAUGAGGUCUAUGGGAAAAGUGGGAAAACUGAGAAAACUGAUCAAAUUCAUAAAGGUUCUUCUCCCAAGUCAUCUACUUUGAUGGUGAAGCCUCAGCUUUGGGCCAUCUUAGAUGGACUUGUGCUCAUAAUGUCAUCGACCUACUUGCUGUAUGUUUCUCUGUUUCUGUGGCUGAGUGCAGUUGUCUCUUCAUUCUUCUAUUUUCAGAAAGUGAGUGUAAUUGCCAUGACUGUUUCUAGCUCUAUUGGAAGAAGAAAGUUGUUUGCCCAGAUAAACAGCUUUAUUGCUGUUUUUAUCCUUGCUGGGCAACUUACCUUAACAGGUCGCAUUCUAACUGUUGCUGGAGUUACUACAGCUAUUUGUUCUUCUCCUAUUGUUGCAUUCUCAAAUCUGGUUGCAAUUGCUGUUUGGCCGACUUGGCUCGCUGUUGCAAUUUCUGAGACCCUGCGGAAGGUUGUUACUUAUGUUGUGACCAGGCCUGGAAGAGAACUUCUAUUUACUGUUGUCUCACAGGAUGAAAAGUGCAAGGCCAAGGUCUGCAUCGAUGUAUUUGUUCAAAGACUUGGAGACGCUACAGCAGCAGGAAUGUACAAGCUACUUUUCAGCACUCUUAAUGGGAGAACAUCGACUGCCUCUCUAUAUGCCCUUCCUGUUUGCUUAUUGUGGAUAGCGACAGCAUUCCGUGUAGGGCGUCGACAAGAACAACUUUCGAAACUUCAGACUGUCUCCACUUCUUGAAAUUUUCUAAUGAAGAGCAGGUUCACUCUCUAACCAACCUAUGUGUGUAUUAUACCAUGCUGCUGACAUACACUAUGUAACAGUCUUCUUCAUGGGAUCAUUGACUUUGGCUUUCCUCAAGAGUAACUUAGGGCAAAGUAGUCUUUCUGGUUAAUCAACUAGAACGCAUUCGAUACUCUGUACUUUACCCAAUUCCAUCUGGAACUCAAGGCACAUUGCUAUUGGUAUACAUCCUUCUCAUGAUUAUUGAAACUUAAUAGUAGAACAUUUCUGUA